AUGGCCGCCGCCGCCGGCAGGACUUGGCGCGCUGCGGCGCUGCUGCCGCCCUGGCGGCUGCGGGCUCCGCGCCGCGCUUACGGCGCCGCGGAGGACGGCGGCGGGCCGGGCGGCCGCGGCCGCCUGCUGCUGGGCGCUGCCUUUGCGCUGGGCGGCGGCGCCGGCCUCUACCAGGUGGCGCGGCACCGCCUGCGGGAGCACUCGGCCGCUGAGUUGCCUGAAGGGAGCCUGCAGCUCACCCUCUAUCAGUAUAAAACAUGUCCUUUCUGCAGUAAAGUCCGAGCCUUUCUUGAUUAUCAUGAGUUGCCCUACGAAACUGUAGAAGUGAACCCAAUAAUGAGGAAAGAGAUCAAAUUUUCUUCCUACAGAAAGGUGCCUAUCCUGCUAGCCAAUGCUGGGAGUCCUCUGCAAUUGAAUGAUUCUUCAGUGAUCAUCAGUGCAAUAAAGACCUAUCUUAUUUCCAAGCGGAAGAGUUUAGAAGAGAUUGUGUCCUUUUAUCCUCCUAUGAAAACUGUGACUGAGCAAGGCAAGGAGACAUUAGAAUAUGGGAAUAAAUACUGGCUCAUGCUGGAUGAAACAGAGACAAAGCAAGUCUAUCCCGUUAAAGAAAUUAGAGUGGAAGAAAUGAAGUGGAGAAAAUGGGCAGACGAUUGGCUUGUUCACCUCAUCUCCCCCAAUGUUUACCGUACCCCUAGGGAAGCCUUGGCAUCUUUUGAUUACAUUGUCCGUGAGGGGAAGUUCGGCACUGUGGAAGGUUUCUUUGCAAAGUACAUGGGGGCCGUGGCCAUGUUCUUCAUUAGCAAGAGGUUGAAGAAAAGACAUCACCUUCAAGAUAAUGUCCGAGAAGACUUAUAUGAAGCAGUUAAUGAGUGGGUAAAAGCUGUUGGCAAACAUCGACCAUUCAUGGGUGGCAACCAGCCUAACCUUGCUGAUUUGGCAGUAUAUGGGGUCCUCAGAGUCAUGGAAGGAUUGGAAGCAUUUGAUGACAUGAUGGUUAACACCAAGAUUCAGCCUUGGUACCAACGCAUGGAGGAAGUUGUACAAAAAAAUGAAUUUACAAUCUGAUGUGGACUGCAGCUGCCUUCCUGAAAUACUUGCAUGGGAAAAGCUUCAGAAGGAAAGGCAUUUCAUUUUUUAACAGAGUUUAAAAUGAGCUGGUCACACCUCAUGGAUGACAUGCAGGCACAGAGACUGCCCCAUUUACAGCAGUAAGUCUCAGUGAGCAGAAGGGAUCCAACUGUGCAUAACCUUGAAUAUGAUAUUUAGAAGGACAAGGACAGGUAAAAGGGGUCUUGGACACUGCAGUAUUCUGCAGUUCAAUCCAAGCUUCUUUACAGCAAACAGGCUGCUUCUAGGUGAGAGCCAUGCUCAGAGCAGGUUGCUGUGAAAGCAAACCACUCUCUUGACUAGCAAAUGUUACAGCCAUAUCAAAUAUGAUACGUCUGAGCAGCUUUUGCUUCAGGCUGUCUUCCUCCACUCAUCCAUAUCACCUUAAAACGUUUUCCUGACUGGGGCACUAGAUACUAAAUUUUUAACUGACAAUUUUUCCUGCAAUAGAGUUCCACAAAUUUUUCCUGCAAUAGAGUUCCACAAGCCUAGUGCUGUGGGAACUGCAGGAGUCCACGGUACUAGGAGAGGCAUCCUUCCUUUGACAGAAAAGAUGCUGCACUCCACAGACAAUACGCUUUUGCUCUUCCAUGUAAACGGUUCUUUUGUACCUGACCCUGUAUGGUCUGCGAGGAUAAAGACCUGCUUCUCUUCACGUGCCCUGUGCAAUACCUGUGAAUUCUUCUUACCUUAUUGCUUUGCCCAGAGAGCACACCCUACGCAGAAGAAUUGCUAAUGCACAGGAAUUAUUUAAAAGGUUUGUCUUGCAUAAAAUCUGCCUGGAAAUACCCCUGAAAGUCAUUUUUUUUCCUGUUCUGGAAAGAACAGGAUUAAGAGAAACCCGUGUGCCUAGGGGCUUUCUAGAUGUCUUGUAAUGCAAAACCAGCAAAGGAUUUGCUGUUGGAGCAACUGGCGUAGGACUGUCACUAGGUACUACUGUGCAAUAUGAAAUCUAUUGAGCUAUGCCAGCUAGAAAGGCCUGGUGUGUUCAUGGGAGGCACCGUAGGUUUGGGAGUGAGUGAUCCUCUCUGCAGCUGGAGGCCGAUGAGCAGGGGAUGCCUUCUAAAGAAACUGGUGCUUGGAGAAAUUAUGGGUGCAGCUGAAAUCUGUUUGCAAAAUAGGUAUUUGCACUGUGGGGUUUGGGGGGGAGGCGUGGAGUGUGGGUGGGGGAAAGGACCUUUCUUUGGUCUAAGAAUGGAUGUCGAGUUUUAUUUUUGCGAAUGUACAGAAUGAGUAGAGGUGGCAGCAGGAAAAUUACCUACGAAUUCAGUUGGGGGGGGGGGGGGGAAGGAUGAUGCGUGCAGUAAAAACCAGCUCUUUCCGUUGCCUUGUGCCUCGCUAGAGUCGUUUAUUAAAGCUGUCCUGUACUGGAA